AGAUGUUGUGUAUAUAAGCAAGUAAGCAACACUGCCUUAACUUUAUAUUGAACUUUACUGUGGAUUAUAUUCUGUUCGCUUUUAAGUGGAGUAUAAAUAAAUAGAGUUGUAAGAACUUGAAUAUGGAUUGGGGAAUUGAGUUGUGGGAUCAGUUUGACAGCGUUGACAAAUAUCUACAACACGGUUUCGACUUUGGUGAGAAAUACGGCAAGUUCAUCAAGGAGCGUUGUCAGAUAGAGCAGGAAUAUGCUGGGAGGUUACGCAAACUUGUGAAAAGCUACCAACCUAAAAAAAAGGAUGAAGAUCGAAGCAUGUUCUCCACGCAUAAAGCCUUUCAAAGCCAGUUAUCCGAAUUAAACGACAUUGCUGGGCAACAUGAAAUAGUAGCUGAAACCAUGGUCCUUAAUAUUUUAAAAAGCUGCCAAACUUUUAUCAAUGAUCAGAAACUUGAAAAGAAAAAGCUUUACCAAGAAGGCAAGUCCAUGCAAAUAGCUCUUGACAAAGUUGAGCAGAAUGUUGACCACACUAAGAAGAAAUUUGAGAAGGAAUGGAAGGAUUGUGAGAGAUUGCAAGCCAACCAUGAGAAGUUAGAUGCGGACACCAAUGUUACAAAGGCUGAUGUGGAAAGGGCAAAAUAUGCUUGGAACGCAAAGAAAGACGUAGUAGAGCAUUGCAAGCAAGAUUAUGCGGCCGCUCUUGAGACUUUUAAUGCUGAACAAAAUGCACAUUACAAUACAAAGAUGCCACAGGUUUUCCAGAAAUAUCGAGAAGCUGAUGAAAAACGAAUCCAAAAGUUACGAGAGCUGAUGGUGGAGUACGCCACUAUUGAUAAAAAAGUUAAACCAAUCAUCCAGAAGUGUUUGGACGGAAUGGAACAAGCUGGGAAUGCUAUUGAUUCAAAACUGGACGCUGCGUUAGUUGUUGAGAAACUAAAGUCAGGUUUCCUCAUCCCAAGCGACAAGGAGUUUGAAGAUUACAGCGCACCACAGCGGUUAAAACCCCACAACGAGGAGGUCACAGAAUCUCUGAGAAACUCAAUGAAUUUUGGUCGCGGACAGAAAAAGGCAUUCGGGUGGAUAUUUGGACCUAAGAAGCCGAAAGCUUUAAUGAAGCGACUCUCCGGAGAUAAUGUCGUAUCAAAGUCCACAUCUGAUUUAAACGCGAGCCAUGGGGAUCAAAAUGAAGCGAAAAAGUCAGAAGCGGCAGAAGAAAACAUGGAAGAGAAAAAAUUACGGACACAAUCAUUUACUGCGAGCCAAGCGAAUUAUGUUAAUUUAGAAGUCGGUCCAAACAUAAAGCGAUGUUCCUCCAUGGACCAAGCCUUGAAUGGUAAUGAAGAUAUCGCUUGCAAGAGAUCUUCCAAGUCAAAGACAUUAAAACUGGACACAAACUUAAGACAAUCAGUAUCUGCGAAUAAAAAGAAAAUAAUCUCCAUGUUUAAGUCGUCGAAAGGUGAAAACUUUCCUUCUGUUCAAAUCUCAGGCCCUGUGGCUGCAGAUAUGUCAGGCUCCGCAGAAUCCCCAUCUAAUGACUAUUUAAUCCCAUUACCAAGCAGACCAGACCCCGUGAAACCUGCUGAGGAGAAUCCUUACGAUGUAGUGGCAGAAAUAGAGGAAAAGGUUCCCGAAGCUGCAGAUUAUUCUCAUCUUCCUCCUGAACAACGAAAGAAGAAGCUACAGCGACACAUGGAUGAUUUGAAUAAAGAGAUAACCAAGCAAGAAGACGAAAGGAAAGCCAUAAUGAAGAUGCAUGGGGUAUACACAUCAAACCCCGCCCUGGGUGAUCCUUCAUCACUGGAAGGUGAAAGGAAGAUAGUGGACGGAAAGAUUGAUAAGUUACGAACCGAUCUUCAGCAAUAUGAGAAUUGGUAUAAAGAGGCGUUUGGUUCUCUACAAUCUUCCCCUGCGAGAAACUCAGCCCAUUAUUCAACUGCUGUUAAAAGUGAACCCUUGGCAACCGCGCCUCAAUCACAGAAUAAAUUAAUGCAACGAGAUCAGAGUUUUGACAACGAUUUUGAUGAGGAACCUGAGUCUAUCGGGACCUGCACUGCUUUAUAUGAUUUUGAUGCGACAUCUGAAGGCGCGUUGUCCAUGAAAUGCGGCCAAGUAUUCAGUUUAUUGGAAGUAGACAAUGGUGAUGGGUGGACAAGGGUUAUGUACAACGAUUCCGACGGAUACGUACCUUCAUCCUACAUAGAAAUCAAAUAUAACACAUAAAGAGUGGGGGAGAUGAAAUUUGGGAAUCGAAAAAUCAUAUAUGAGAUGAUGGAAUCAUGAUGAAGUUUUCAUUAAAUUUAAUUCUUGAUUGUGAUGCUGCAUGAUUUUGGUACUUCAUGAAAUUCAUGAUUACCAUGUUUGUUCAUAUGAUACUAACUUCUAUUUGCUGGUAGUUAUGACAUCACAACGGCAUUAAUGAUGUCAUAAGUAGGAUUUUAUCUUUAAGGCAAUAACAAUUUUUGAGAUUUAAAUUUUUGCACCAAAUGUUACCAUUAUGACAUCAGGUUUUUGCAACAAUUCCUUAUAUUGGUAAUAACCAUUCAAAAUAAGACUUUAACAAUAACUUAAUAUAACUUUUGUCUAGUUUGUUCCAUGGGCGCCAAACCUUUUAAAAUGCAGGGGAGGCAGUUACAGUUAGCUUAAUAUUAAUCUGAAAAAUAUAAUGUUUUUAAAUUAUGAAAUUCCGGGGUUCGCAUGCCCUCCUUGACACCCCAGGUUCGGCGCCUAUGGGUUCUUUUUUCUCUAAGUAUUAUAUACUUUGUUAAUCAACCAGUAACAAAAUAAAUGUUAUCUGUCUUGUAUAAAAGUUGUCAGCCAUGCUUGCAUAAUUGCACUAUUUCAUUUCUGUGUUAAUAAGCCCAUAUCCAUGAUAUACAUGCCAUGCUUUUUUGCUUGGCUGUAGUACCAGGCCAACUGCCCAACUCUGACCUAAAACCCAGGUCCCAUGCCUUGCCGUAGGACCUCACCCAUAUAUAUUGAUAAUGUGUUAUGUCUGCUUGCGAAAUUUUAAUUGUAUUUUUUGCUCAUUCGAUUUGCCGCUGCCCUUAUUAUUUUAUUCUUUGUUUCAUUUUAUUGUUUCUUUUAUCGCAAUAUCAUUUAGUGAAUAAACUAAUGGUCUAUAUAUCAAA